CUCCUCAAAGUCCGAGAGCAUUUCUAUCUCUUUUUCGCUGCUUUGGUGUGUCGGGAGAGCCACCACUAUCCUCAUUUCUCGCUGUCCCACCGCUUCCCAUCCCUUCCCACACGCAUGAAGGUUGCGACCCUUGCCGGCAUGGGCUGAUAGAUUCGACUCAUCCCCAGCCAUGAGGAGGCUCUCCUUCGGUGGCCUUUUCGGCAGAAAGGCAGCAGACGCAGGCCGGGGAGGCGCGACUGAUCUGAUUCAGCCCGGUAGCACUGGCUCUGGCGGCGGCGAUGCCAUUGGCGGCGGGGCGGCGGGCACACACACACCGGCCGCCAACGAACCUCUCACCGUCUAUGUCGACGGUAAGACCACUGCACGGCCGUCAUGUCGCCCGUGUGGGCGUGGAUCUGUGGAAAUGAGAAGGGCAGACCUGUCAGAAGGGGCGUGAUGUGAUGGGGUGGUGGGACACAUGUCUUUCUUUGGUCUCUUGUGUGGUGUGUUGUGGUGUGGUCAGGGAGCUGGCCGUUCCUGCACGCGGGGCACUUCCACGAGUUUCAGCACAUCAAGGAGGUGCUACCCAAUGCCUCCCUGGUGGUGGGCGUGUGUGGCGACGAUGAAACGGGGGCCUUCUACGUGAGACGAGAUGAGAUAGAUGCACACACUAACGCACACGCGCAGGGGGGCACUGGAAGGAAGGCAUCACAGGGUCACAUCGUUGUGCAAUUGACGUGUUGGCUGUGGUGUGUGGUUGUGUGUUGUGUGUUGUGUGUUGUGUGUGCGAUCAGAUGACGCCGAUUCAGCCGCAUGAGCAGAAGGUGGCGACUCUCCAGUACCUCAAAAAUGUUGACCGGAUCAUAGACGCACCCUGGGUCGUCACACCGGUCGGUGCACACCGCACGUGUCACACCUGACACGCGACGCGCACAUCGCAUGUGCGUGUGGCGUUCGUUGUGUUGGUUGUCGCUGGCUGUGCGUGUUGGGUGGGUGCAGGAGUGGCUGGACCGACAUAACAUCCACACCGUUGGUACGUCCAGCCAGCCAAUAUUGCGUGUCCAUCUGUGUGUGCGUGUGUGUGUGUGUGUGUGUGUGUCAGUGCUGACGCCCCAGUCCAACACGUUGCGCCGAUUCAGCCCCGAGUUCAAUGAAGCGACGGUCAAAGCCAUCCGACAGAAACUACAGGUACGUCAGCACACACACCACACACACACACACACACACACACAAGAGAACCGACACAAGCCCGUUUGUCUGUGUGUGGUAUGGUGUGUAAUAUGUCCAUUUCCAGGCCGACAGCCGUGUGAUAGAUCUGACGAGGACCGGCGCGUUGGUCCCGUCCCGGAGCAACAGCAACUCGGCGUUUGGGCAGGAGGGCGAUCCCGUGACCAACGAGACAAUACUCCGCAGCAUCAACCAAAGCAUCUGCUCACACAUAGACAAGUACACACACACACAGAGGGAGGGAGGGAGGGAGGGAGGGGCCAGGACCAUCCAUCCAUCUGUGCGUGUGUGUGUGUCUGUGUGUGUGUGUGUGAAGGUUGAUGAAGGAGGGCCACAGUUCGGCUGAGCUGGGCAUCAGCGGGUUGACGGCGUGGCAGAUUCAGACCAUCAUGGACCUCACGCAUCCGAGCCCAGAGGUAAGCAACACCAACGACCACACAAGCACACACACCACACGAACACGCGUGUGGAUGCGUGUAAUGCGGUCUGGUCUGGUGUGUGGUGGCUGGUUGGUCUGAUCAGAUGACAGCGUUGAUCGACUGGGCGUUCCCCAAGAUCCCCAACAACAUCACACCCUCACUCAGCAACGCACCCGUGGUAACCCACCCCAACCAACACACGUGCAACAACACGCAUACCCUCCCUCCCCCCUCUCACACACACACAGAGAAUCUUAUCUUUCCUUGUGUGUCUGCAGGGCAUUGGCAUCUUCCCGCCCGACGCACCCGAGAUCCCCACCUCAACUUCGACCUCGGCCGCAGCUGCAGCGGCCACAUCUGCCAGUGCCCAGCAGACAGACCACCCCGCCCCCCCUCCCGCUCCCGCCCCCACUCACACGGAGACACCGGCAGCCGCCGCAUCUACGUCACCGUUCGGGAUCCUGACCUCCAUGCUCGGCUGCGCCAGGCGGGGCUCUCGACAGCAUGCCAAACGAAUCGCAGCAAACACAAAUAUGAUCCCACUGGUGCGCAGAGAGAUACCCACACAAAGAAGACGCAUGUGCACAUAAGACCAUCCAUCCAGCCAUCCAUGUGUUCCUUCUCAGAAGCCCGGCAACGUAGUAGACGAGGAAGAGGCAGUGGCUGAGCGUGAGAACGAGCUCGAGUUGGUUGAGGAGUCGGCCGAGGCCGGCCAGGCGGGCAAGCGCAAGCGCGAGCCGAGCCGCCGCUACGGCACGGCUUCGACCUUCCACACAGACGUGGGUGCGUCGGUGGGGGCGCUGGCGUCGCUGCCGGCCAAUCACGUGGAUGUAGUCAUGGAGGAUGCUGCAGUGGGGGCGGCCAUAGGUGUGGGUGUGGGUAUCGCGGUGGGAGGUAGCCCUGCUGACGGUGCUGGCGGUCCUGACAAGAGCCCCAUCGUCGCGCCGGCUGCGGGCGGCGAGCGCAUGGCGCGCCUCUCCAACGAGCAGCGGAGCCAGAAAAAGGCCAGAAGUGAGAAAACCGCAAGAUGGGGCUUCGUCUCUUUCUCGUUAUCAUUCCAAUUUCCGUUGUGUGCCUGUGGCAAUCCCUUUGGUCCUUCAGCGCGUGACGUUGGUGCUGGUGCUGCGGAUCUGCCCCAGCCUGGUGAGCCGUCGGCCCCGGCUGACGACCCCAGUGUGAUCAACCUCACGGCCGAGAUCCCAUCGUCAUAUGACCGCGCCCACCAUACGACGACGGCCGAGCAGGCCCGCCUCCGCCUGGACUACGACGACGAGGCGGCGCCCGACGUGUGGGGCGACCUGGAGCAGACGGGCGCUGCCGGCAUCGGAUUCCCCGAGGGCGAGGGUGAGGACCAGCAGCAGCACCAGUGGGGACAGCCAUACCAGCAGACUAGCAAUGCAGCAGCAGCGGCAGCAGUCGCCUACCAGGUGAAGGUGACGGCCACCCUCGCCGGCACCGCCAAGGAGGGCGGCGCGCCCCGACCCCCGACAGACGUGGAGGGCGAGGAGAGCUACCCAAUCUCCCCCCCAGACGCCAUGCAGACGGCUCGGGGUGGGGGCGACCAGGGUGCUGGUGGAGGCGGCGAGAGCGGAGGGGGCAGUGUCAACGGCCAUGGGGAUGAGGGCGCGAGUAGCGGCGAGAUGGACCAUAGUGGUGGAGAUUCGGUUGAGGAGGGCACACAGCAGCAGGACCAGCAGUAUGGAGGCGAGCAGGAGGGCUACGACGACUCCCCGCCCCCGCCCUCGGGCAGCGAGGCCGUGCGUCAGGCCUUUGGUGGCUUUGCCAUCGACCCUUCUGCGGCAGACCACCCGGCCCAGCUGCACCCGGACCCCAUGCCGGCGGCACACGCCCACGCCACGCAGCAGUACCCCUACCAGCAGCACCCAUACCAGCAGCAAGACCCUUACCAAUACCAGCAAUACCAGCAGCAGCAGCAGCAGUACGAGGAAGAAGGAGAACAGGGGGACGGAGAGGGCGAGGGCGGCGAGUCGAUGGAGGAGGGGUCCGGUGAGUAUAGCGGCAACAGUGGUGGCGAGGGCGAGCAGAGCGGAGAGCAGAGCGGCGAGCCGAGUGGGCAGCCGAGCCCGCCAGACGGAGAGGGGGAGGGGGAGCUGCAGGAGAGCGUAGGGGAGGAGGAGGAGGAGGAAUCUGGCGAGCCCACGCCCGAGGAAUGAACACACUCACUCACUCACUCACCCAUACACACAUUGGUGGGCAGGCUAGGCUCUGAGAGGGAGGGAGGAUAAGGAGGAUGGAUCCAUGGCAUUUUUUACGCCUCCUGACGUAGCUUAGCUUGCUCGCACUGACUUGCCCUUUGCUGAAGCCACACAUACACACACGUGCCUCCACACACACAUGGUUGCAUUGAUGUGAUUGAAUUAAGGGUGGGGACAUCCUUAGCUGACUGACGGACUGACUGACUGACGGAUUGGAC